UACCGAGGGUCAGCGGUGCUGCGCCCGGGCUCUGGAGCACCGGAGCCGGCUUGGAAGCCGAGGAAGGAUCGGUGGUGCCCGGGCCGCAUGCAGGUCCGUCGUCCAUAAUUAAGCAACUUCGGUAUUUUUUUUGCAUGCAGGUGUGGUUGUAAACAACGUUAAAUCGCCGUAGCAAAGGACAGAUGUGCUGUCAGUCCACAACACAGAAGGUUCAAGUGAGAGCUCCAUUUCUUCCUGCAUCAUCCGGUCUAUCCGUACAGCCACAGUGGCAGCUGUCUCCCUUCACCACUCUCCUCUCUGUGGAUUAUAGGAACACCCCGUCAUCACCCCAUCCUCCUAGACCGAGUAGCAGAAGGAUUUCCAGAUCGCCUUUCAUGCUUAAUUUCUUGUCUCCCUCUGGACAUCUCCCACAUCUACCACUUUCCUUUAUAAUGGGUACCGGAAUGAUUUACAAAGUACUCUAGUCCCUUAAUGCAAAUGUUCUUGUCACUAAAGUGGUUGUCCGAAUGGACAAGUGUCCUAGGGUGUUAAGAGAGAGAAUCAACAUCGACAUUCACAGUGGAAACAUAUCCAUGCCUGAUCUAGAGAGAGAAAAGGACAAAAAAUAAGAGAGAGGUUCAAAUAUGGUUCAAACUGCCUCAUUACAACUUGAAUGAUGACUAGUAGAACCUGGGAACUCUGAAGUGCCUUAUCCAAGGGCAGCAGGGCCAAAGAAAUGUAAAUCAAGAAACCCAAACGUCUUCUUUUUUAACUUGCUUUGCACAGUGUACUGCUGUCGUGAUCACUCCAUUCAUCCCUCUGUAACUCCAUACAGCCAUUUGUUGCUGCUUCAGUUUGCUCUAGUGGUGCUAAAGAACCUACGUGUUCCUUUCCUCCCUUUCUUUUUCUCUAACUCCUCCCCACCCAACUGCCUCCUCCUCUUUGUUUUCCUUUUUUGGCCCACCCAUUUGGCCUCCACCAUUCGCCCCUCUUGCAACGGCCAUCCUGCCCCCUCGUCCCCGCCCCCCAUCACCCUCCCUCUCUACCUCCUCUGCCCCCUCCUCACCUCACCAUCACCACCACCAUCCUCACCUUCAGCCCUACUCACAUCACCACCACCAACUCUCCGUCCCUCCCCCUUGCUUCUUGCCCCCUCCCUUUUCCGCCUUCUCGUCGGCGGGAACCAUGGCGAUGGCUGCCACUGCCUCCUGCUCUCCCUCAUCCCCAUCGUCCGCUAAUGGCAGCGCCCGGGAGCAGCUCCUGGCGGUGCGUCGGCGCACCCCUCACACCCGGCCGUACACAAUUGGUCCAGAAAACCUCACCAGUCUGGCAGUGCAGGGCACAGUUGGUACCUCUGCAUCCUCCUCCUCUACUAUGUCGUCAGGGAGCCAACCAGAAACAGCCGGGGUGGGGCUCCAGCGGGCCAAUAGCGACACAGACCUGGUGACAUCAGACAGCCGCUCAUCGCUCACAGCAUCUACAUACCAGUUGACUCUAGGCCAUAGCCACUUGGUCAUCUCCUGGGACAUCAAGGAGGAAGUGGAUGCCACCGACUGGAUUGGCCUGUACCACAUCGAUGAGACAUGUGUGGCCAAUGUAUGGGACUCCAAGAAUCGUGGAGUGAAUGGCACCCAGAGAGGACAGAUUGUGUGGAGACUGGAGCAAGGACCCUACUUCACGGAGUCAGAGACUAAGAUCUGCUUUAAAUACUAUCACGGUGUAAGUGGAGCAUUAAGAGCAAUAACACCUUGCAUCACUGUCAAGAACCCUGGAGUACCGGUGGGCAGUGAAGGCCAAGUGGAGGAACAAACAGGGACUGAGCACUGCCGAAAACUAGUCAGCUUCACCUUAUCAGACAUUCGGGCAGUGGGUCUGAAGAAGGGCAUGUUCUUCAACCCGGACCCCUACCUGAAGAUGUCCAUUCAGCGCGGAAAGAGGAGUGGCCUCCACAAGUUCACUCACCAUGGCCAGGAGAGACGCUCCUCCAUCGUAGCCAACACCACCAACCCUGUGUGGCACGGGGAGAAAUACACCUUUGUGGCUCUGAUGACUGACGUGUUGGAGAUCGAGGUUAAGGAUAAGUUUGCCAAGAGCCGACCAAUUAUCAAGCGAUUUCUUGGUCAGCUGAUCAUCCCUGUGCAGAGACUUCUGGAGGGGCCAACAACUGAUGAUCAGCCCGUCAGCUACAGCCUGUGUCGUCGUCUCCCUACAGACCAUGUGAGCGGGCAGCUUCUGUUCGGGGUGGAUAUCACCUCCACCGGACAUGAAGAAGCCUCCCCAGACGCUGUGGGAACCAUCUUAGGUGGCACAAUAAAUUGUGACCCCGGAAGUCCCUCAGACGACGAAGACCUUCCUCACCCUUCCUCUUCCUCACGUGUUGCAUACAGAUCUUCUCCCACAGGCCCUGACGAGGGCUCCCUGUUAGUCAACGGUGCUUGUUAUUAUGCCGAUGACAGCGUGUGGCGGGAGCCUGGGCAGAUGGAAGAGGAGGAUCUGCAUUCUGUGCCUCUGGGCAACCAAACCCAUCGACAAGUGUCACUCAACGACUACCUGGAUGCCAUCGAGGAUCCCAGGAGCUCCGGGGACCGAGCUCUGGCAGGGCCUUCACCGAAACUCCGCUCCAGCUUUCCAACAGACACGCGGCUUAAUGCCAUGCUGCACAUAGACUCCGAUGAGGAUGAGGAGAUGGCAGAGCAAUACAGGGAGCAACAGGAGAUGAGGACACAGCAGAGCCCAGACUUAUCGAGAAGAUCGGCUACAUCUGAAUCUCUACAGGGGAACGAGCGUUCAAAAGGAGAGCCACAGGGGCAGACUGGAGCUGGGACUGGAACUGGGACAACAGAGGCAGGUUCCUCUUCCAGUGUUCAGCCUGAAACUGAGCCUGCAGGGGCUCAACCUGGAACUGCAGAAAGUGUAUUCCAAACACAGGCAGAAACAUCAACAGCUGGGACUGCAGAGGUUGCUGGAGCGGCAGCUAAGGCUGCACACAACACUGGGGAAACUUCGAGCUUAUCUCAGGCAUCAGUGGCUGAGUCAGCUGCAGUAGCUGGGUCAAGGAAGCCUGUGGUGGAAUGUACCUGUCAGGAGCAGAGCAGAGCAAACCAGGAAGUACCCUGCAAUCCCUCACUUGGUCUCCUUUCACCCAUUCAGGAGGUGGAGACAAGAAAGGUGGCACCAAAGGCAGAGGAGGAAGGGGAGUCAUCGAGCAGCGAGCCAAACAGACCAGUAGCAGCAGCUGCUCCUAUGAGCAGCAUCAUAGCUGACCAAGGAGGAGGGACUUCUGAUGUUGGUGCAGGUACCACAGCUCUGGUUAAUGGUCACCAAUCUGUUCGCCCCCUGCCAUCUGUCCGCCAUGACAUCAGUCGUUACCAGAGAGUAGACGAGCCACUACCACCUAACUGGGAGGCUCGUAUCGACAGCCACGGUCGGAUCUUUUACGUGGACCACGUGAACAGAACCACAACUUGGCAGCGUCCCACUGCUCCCCCUGCCCCGCAGACUCUCCAGAGGUCCAACUCCAUACAGCAGAUGGAACAGCUGAACCGUAGAUAUCAGAGUAUACGGAGGACGAUAACCAAUGACUGCAGACCAGAGGAGCAGCCAGCCAAUGAACUGCUGGCUGAUGAGACUGACAUGCACCCUUCCAUCCCAGAGCUCCGUAGAGACAACAGUGUGGCUCAGUCCAGUUCCAGGUCUCGCCUAACCCUGCUGCUUCAGUCCACCAGCGUGAAGUUCCUCACCAGCCCUGACUUCUUCACUGUGCUGCAUUCCAACCCUAGUGCCUACCGUAUGUUCACCACCAACACGUGUCUGAAGCAUAUGAUCAGUAAGGUUCGUCGGGAUGCUCACCACUUUGAGCGCUACCAGCACAACAGGGAUCUGGUGGCCUUCCUCAACAUGUUCGCCAACAUACAGGUGGAGCUGCCGAGAGGCUGGGAGAUGAAGCACGACCACACCGGCAAGCCUUUCUUCGUGGAUCAUAAUUGCCGCGCCACAUCUUUCAUUGACCCCCGGCUGCCUCUCCAGAGCACUCGGGCCCCGAGCCUCCUAGCUCACCACCAACACCUAACUCGCCAACGCAGCCACAGUGCCGGGGAGGUCAGCCCACGACGAUUGGUGGGUGAAGACCCUCGUCAAGCCGGCCCACCCGUCUUGCCACGGCCUUCCAGCACCUUCACCUCUGCCAACAGGGGGCAUUGCCAAGACGUUGUGCCAGUGGCUUACAAUGACAAGAUUGUGUCGUUUCUUCGUCAACCAAACAUCUUUGAGAUUUUGCAGGAGAGACAACCUGAUUUCAACUGGAAUCAUUCACUCAGGGAGAAGGUGCAGCUCAUACGCACAGAUGGAGGAUCAGGAUUGGCCAGGCUGUCAGGUGAUGCUGAUCUUGUCAUGCUACUAAGUCUGUUUGAAGAUGAAGUAAUGUCCUAUGUGCCGCCUCACGCCUUACUUCACCCCAGCUACUGCCAGUCACCUCGGGGAUCCCCUGUCUCCUCCCCACAGAAUUCGCCUGGUACUCAGAGAGCUAAUGCGAGAGCCCCAGCACCUUACAAGAGAGAUUUUGAAGCCAAACUGCGCAACUUCUACAGGAAACUGGAAACUAAAGGCUACGGCCAAGGACCAGGGAAGCUAAAGUUGAUCAUCCGUCGUGACCAUCUGCUGGAAGAUGCCUUCAACCAGAUCAUGUGCUAUUCCCGUAAAGACCUGCAGCGCAGCAAGCUCUACGUCAGCUUCAUUGGGGAGGAGGGGUUGGACUACAGCGGGCCUUCCAGAGAGUUUUUCUUCCUGGUUUCCAGGGAGCUGUUCAACCCUUAUUAUGGUUUAUUUGAGUAUUCUGCCAACGACACCUACACCGUCCAGAUCAGCCCCAUGUCCGCCUUUGUAGACAAUCACCAGGAAUGGUUCCGGUUCAGUGGUCGCAUUCUGGGUUUGGCACUGAUCCAUCAGUACCUGCUGGAUGCCUUCUUCACCAGACCCUUCUAUAAAGGCCUACUGCGCAUUCUCUGUGACCUGAGUGACCUAGAGUACCUGGACGAGGAGUUUCACCAGUCCCUUCAGUGGAUGAAGGACAACGACAUAGAAGACAUGCUGGACCUCACCUUCACCGUCAAUGAAGAAGUCUUCGGACAGAUAACAGAAAGGGAGCUGAAGCCUGGCGGAGCCAACAUCCCUGUGUCAGAGAAGAACAAAAAGGAAUACAUUGAGCAGAUGGUGAAGUGGAGGAUAGAGAGAGGAGUUGUGCAGCAGACUGACAGCCUGGUCAGAGGUUUCUACGAAGUGGUGGAUGCCAGGCUAGUAUCAGUGUUUGAUGCAAGGGAGCUGGAGCUGGUGAUCGCCGGCACAGCUGAGAUUGACUUAUCAGACUGGAGGAACAACACAGAGUACAGAGGAGGUUACCAUGACAGCCAUAUUGUAAUCCGGUGGUUCUGGGCAGCAGUGGAGAGGUUCAACAACGAACAGAGACUACGGCUCCUGCAGUUUGUGACCGGUACAUCCAGUAUUCCUUAUGAGGGCUUUGCUUCUCUGCGAGGCAGCAAUGGACCCCGCAGGUUUUGUGUGGAGAAGUGGGGGAAGGUCACAGCACUGCCCAGAGCUCAUACCUGUUUCAACCGGCUGGACCUGCCACCAUACCCGUCCUUCUCAAUGCUGUAUGAGAAGAUGCUGACCGCAGUAGAGGAGACCAGCACCUUUGGGUUGGAAUGAACCUUGUCUGUCCACCUACCCAAAUCUCAAGGACUGCUUCUGGUAGUGAAGAGGUAGCCAUGAUGGACAAAGGUUGAAAAGCUGGAUUUAAUGUAUGGCUUGAGUAAAUUUAUAAUAUAGCAGAGGCUGAUAAGACCUUUGAACCAUUAAGCUGCACUCUCACCUUUUGAAAUGUACAGAGGUAAACACUUAUUUUUGUUUGCAUGUGCACAUAUUUCGCACUUACUUAAUAGCACACACCUGAAUGAUGUGAUGAAUGAAGACCCACACUGCCUUUGAGACCAGAAUCCUAACUGCCAGGAUUUGACGAGUCAGAGCCCAGGUUUUUUUUUUCUCUUUGAUACCAGGAGUUUAAAGUUUAAGAAGAUGCAACCACUGCCGAAAGCUGAGUGGACUCUUUCAGCCUCUUUUAUUCUAGUGUCAAUGGACCUCAAAAGGUUAUACGCCUGUCCAGAACUGUGAGCUUCAGUGUCUCCUUGUAGUUAUUUCUUAAAGUCUUUUAAUGCCCGUCUGAUAUAACUUUUGGUAAAGUUUGUGGAAUUUUCCUGUGAACUUCUACAGCUAAUUUUGAAGUCCAGACAGAUGUAUUGUUACAGUAUUUUCAUCUGCAAGAAAAAUUGAUUUUCUAACGAUGUUAUUUUAAUCUAAAUAACUUGUGAUGUAGAUUGUGUGGGAAGUGUUUUUGAACCCGAUCUGGAUCAAUUGGAAAAAAAUAUUUGGCCACCACUUACAAAUUACAUAUGUAUGUCUAUUUAUUUUGAUUUUAUUGUAUUGAUUUGCUUUGAUCUAGGUCUAUUUUUAUUUAUUUAUUCAAAAGUAGUCUAAACUCAGAUUGAAAGAAAAUUGUAUAUCAUGCAAAGUAAAUUAAAUCUCCACUACCAGUAGUGAAUCUAGAAAACUGGGGUGGCAAUAAAUUUAGUUGAGUGGCAUGCACACCUAGAUCAGAACCGAAAGACUUCCCCGACUACAGCUACUGGUGUCAAACACCUAACACACUUAGGUCAUCUGACUUUAUUAUGUACUUGGAAAAUGACUUGAUAAAGUGAGAUAUUUUGAAAAAAGAUUUUGAUUAGUUCUGGACCUAAUUUUCCUGUUUACACUUUUAAAGAAUAUACUCUGUCAGUAUUUCUGUUUGAAGUUAACACUUGGGUUGGAACUCAGGUAUAUUUUCACAUGCAAAGUCAUCCAUCCAUUUAUUGUCCUCCACUUAUCUGGGGUUGGGUCGUGGGGGCAGCAGCUCCAGCAGGGGAAUCCAAACUUCCCUUUCCCAAACCACAUUAGCCAGCUCUGACUGGUUGAUCCCGAAGAGUUCUCAGGCCAAGUUGGAGAUAUAUAGGGAGGUGUGUUCCUUACCACAAAGGAGCAGCAUCUCUACUUCGAGCUCCUCACAGAUGACUGAGCUUCUUACCCUAUCUCUAAGGGAGCCACCCUCCUGAGGAAACCCAUUUUGGCCGCUUGUACGUGGGAUCUCGUUCUUUCGGUCAUGACCCAGCCUUAAUGACCAAAGGUGAGGGUCGGAAAGAAAAUUGACCGGUAGAUUGAGAGCUUUGCCUUCUGACUCAGCUCUGUUUUCAUUAUAACGGUGCGGUAAAGUGAAUGUAUCACUGCCCCAGCUGUGCCAAUUUUCCAGCCAAUCUCUUGUUCCAUUGCUCUCCACUUGCUCUCAAGAGCGAGUGGAGUACUUAAACUCCUUAACUUGGGGUAAGUUAAGGAGGUACUUAAAGGUACUUAAACUCCUUAACUUGGGGUAAGUGAAGUACUAAAGGUCACAGAAUGAUGAUGUCUUCAGGACCACAUCAUCUGCAAAAAGCAGUGAUGAGAUGAACUCCUCCCCGUGACUACACCUCGAUAUCCUGUCCAUGAAUAUCAAAAACAGGAUUGGUGACAAAGCGUAGUGCUGGCCUCCGACUUACUGCUCGGAGUCGGACACAGCUCUUGCUUUAGACAUACAGGGCCAUCCAAUAGGAUGGCCCAAUAGGAUGGCCCUGAGAAGGGACCCCCUUACCCUAACUCCUGCAGAACCUCCCACAGUAUGUCUCGGUCAUGUCCAGAUCCACAAAACACAUGUAGACCCCUCCAGGAUCCUUGCUAGAGUGAAGAGAUGUUCCACGACCAGGACGGAAUCCGCAUUGUUCCUCUUCCAUCUGAGGUUCCACCAUCAGCCAAACCCUCCUUUUAGCACCUUAGAGUGUCUACUAGGCUCAGGCUGAAUGUGAGGCCCCUGUAAUUGGCACACAAUCUCUGGUCCCCCUUUUUGCCCACUCCUUAGGCACUGUCCCAAACUUCUACCCAAUGUUAAAGGCAUUUCAUUCACACCCAAAGCUUUCAGCAUUUCUGGACGGAUCUCAGCAAUCCCCGGGGCUUUGCAACUGUGGGGCUGUUUGACUACCUCAGUGACUUCCACCAGGGAAAUUGAUAACAAUCCCUCAUCAUCCUCCAGUUUUGCUCCAGUUUGAGGAUGGGAACUCAAACUGAUCCAACUAACACUAUUUGGAUCAGUGUGAGGUCCCGUCCUUACUGUAGACAGCUUGGAUGGUUCCCCGUUUCCCACUCUUGAGGGCGGCAAAUCUUUUUCCAGAAGCACCUUGGUGCCGACCGAAAGUCUUCCUCCAUGUCCAUAUCUGGGAUAACAUCUCCCGGAAAGACUUCUUUACUCUGACUGCUUCCCUGACCAAUGGGUAAGUAGGGGUAGUUACUACCCCUGGAGGCACCCUAGACCCUGAGACCACAGCUCCCCGCCGCAGCUUCAGGAAUAGAAGCUUUGAACAUUGCCCACUCGGGUUCAAUGCCCCCAUCUACACCGAUCCCUGUGAUCCCUGCAUCCGCCUGAAAAGCUCCGCCGGAGGUCAGAGAAAGGGGCCUCCUCCAGACUUUCCCAGUUCACCCGCACUACCCGUUUGGUCUUAAGUUCAUGCAAUUAACAUAUUUGUUUUAAAUCACAUAUAAUUUCCUCUCUGUUUUCAGAGAGACAAAAUAUUCAUUAUUUUAACUUAGUCUUUCCUGCAAAUCAAGCACGCGGCCAAUUUUGCCAAUUUACAGUCUUCCCCAACCCCCAUACCCAACAGAUGGUUGACAGCGCCGCCCUUUUCUUUACCUGAGUGUCCAAAACUGUGUCACAUAUGCACGCACCAGCUCUGCUGCGGUUACUGUAAAACACGCUUAAGGCUUUUUGAAACCAUUCUUAGUCUGGCCCCUUGUCUGAGACUUGUUUGCCAUGGGAGACCCUACCAGGAGCUCACAGCUCUCAUGUUCAUAGGGACACACGAACAUCUCCACCACAAUAAGGUGAUGAUUCCAGAAUCAUCAUCUUAUUGUGAGGAACAAGCAAAUUCAGUUGAAUUCAAAAAUUUGAUCAAAUAAUUUAAUCCCAUAAUUAUAUAAUUUCCCUCCUUUAAUGUCCAAUGUACCAAAGUUUUGAGCCUUCACCAGAUGCUCACUCUCCAUAUCUAACCCUAACCCAACCAACAUACUCUUGAAUAUAAAUGUUUGUUAAGCACUUCUUCUAAAAUAAAAUGUCAUCACUCUAUGCAAGCUUCUUCUUUUCUUUCUCUCUCUCCGCCCCAUCUCCAUACUUUCAUUAAGAACCAGGUCUAUUCUUUUUUAUUCGACGCCAAUCCUUUUAUUUGUCACCACGGUAAUUUAGCAGAAUGCCUGCACCGCAGUGACUGC